AUGACUGUGACAAUGACUGCAGAUACUUUACCGAUUCCACGACCGCAGGAUCUCGAAUUAAUGCAGCACUUCGCAGCUCAUACGUACAACCGCUUGUCCGUGGCGGGACUGACCGACGAACUCUGGCAAACACUAUUCCGCGGUGAUCCCGCUAUUAAAAACCGCACCUUCACAUCCUUCCGCAGCGCUCUUGACGGCAUCAACCAAGACAACUGUCAUGCCGUGUUUGCAUUCGCCGUGCUUGCUAUGGUGUAUGCUGUCGCGUCGCCGAGUGCUGGUGCCAUUCGGCCCAGGUCUAAGAUCUUGGAUGGCGCGGCUGUGCCCGCAACUUCCUCCAGGGAGUUACCCACAAUCGCUGUCGAAGGAUGGGACUGGAUUAUUGAGGGCCCUUUUGGCGAUUUUCUUGACAUGGACCAAUGCAUCAAGCUGGCGGAUGUCCGGGAUGGUGAUGAAGCCUUGUUCACUCGGUUGAACAAUCUGAACAACAGCCUGCUUUCUGGCGUAGAUCCAUUAGGCCACGCAACCAUCACGACAGUUAUUGAGCUGAUGGGACGAGUCUUCCGAGGGGACAUCGACUUGCUCUUUGGUCUUCGUGCAUUGGGCUAUAUCUUUGAAACGCCUCAGCCGGUUAUGGAGGGUGGACAACAUGGCAGAGACACUGGUUGCCGAGAUGACCAAAGAACUACAUGA